AUGUCCAAAUCAAACCUGGCCGGCCCUCCUCUCUUCUCCUUCUCUCCCCCACUUUCUCCUUCUUUAUAACCAGUUCCCACACCACUAAAACGAACAACCAAACACUAAAACCCACUUUCCCCUUUCACUCCAAUUUCUCCUCCUCCCCCGCCGAUCUCCUCCUCACCUCGCAAUGAAAGGAAGCAGAAAAACCACAUGUCAACAAUCAAUGAGCCCCGCGAGCAGCCCACCAUCAGACACCGACAUCUCCGGCUCAUCCAAAGAACAGGACCGCUUUCUCCCCAUCGCCAACGUCAGCCGCAUAAUGAAGCGCUCUCUUCCGGCGAAUGCCAAGAUAUCAAAAGAAGCCAAAGAGACGGUGCAAGAGUGCGUCUCCGAGUUUAUCAGUUUCAUCACCGGCGAAGCCUCCGAUAAGUGCCAGCGGGAGAAGCGAAAGACUAUCAACGGAGAUGAUCUGCUCUGGGCCAUGACGACCCUCGGCUUCAAUUCCUAUGUCGUUCCUCUAAAGGCUUAUCUUAACCGGUACAGGGAAAGCGAGGGGGAGAAGAAUUGUAUGGCGAGGCAGCAGGAACCGGAAGACGUCGCCGGAGGUCGUGAGAAGUCGCUGAACUUUGGAGAGGGAAACGUCACCGUUAACCCCGUGGCUGCGGCCGCAGCGGCGGCUGGAUUGGAUAGCGGUUUCUAUGCUCAGGCAACGGGAUUCGAAGGGGGGCAUGGAUUUUUUGGGAAGAUGGGCGGUGGAGUUCAUGAGGGGAUUCAUGGUGGUGGGAGAAGGCCGGCUUUGCCAGGCCAGAUUCAUGGUGUUCAUUGGUAAUCACUUUCAGGGAAAAUAAUUGCUUGUUCCAACUUCCAAGCUUUUGAAAUCAUAUGAAGAAGUUGCCCUAUGCGACUUAAAUCUACACUCUCUGUUAUUCAAUUUAAUUUGUAUGAUUACAAUUUUAUUAAAUUUAU